AUUCGGCUUCCGCGCCUCAUGUGUGUUUCAAGCUGAGCCAAAUUGUUUUCUCUGGUGCUUGAUUUCAAUUGCUUUUUUUUUUUUUUGAUUUAAAUUGUUUUCAAGAUGACGAUUAGCAAAAAUAAUAAGAUGAUGCAGUACCUCAAUUAUAGAAUGAGGGUAAUACUGCAAGACAGUCGAAUAUUCAUUGGAACGUUCAAAGCGUUUGAUAAACACAUGAAUGUCAUUUUGUCGGAAUGUGAAGAAUUUCGCAAAAUUCGUGGAAAAGGGACCAAAGGGAUUGAACGAGAAGAAAAACGUGUACUUGGAUUUGUAUUGCUUCGCGGUCAGAAUAUCGUAUCAUUGACAGUUGAAGGUCCACCGCCACCCGAUGAAGGUCUUCCACGUGUACCUGGUAUCAUUCCUGGUCCAGGAUUAGGGCGACCUGCUGGACGUGGCAUUCCUGCUGUAACUGUUCCACCAGCUGUCGGUGUGGCACCAGGUCUUCAAGGUCCCGUUCGAGGUGUGGGUGGUCCAGCUGCAGCCGCUAUGACUCCUCAAGGCCGUGGCAUUACACCGGUUGGUUUGGCGGCUCGUAUUCCAGCUCCACCUGGGAUGCCAAUGUCAAUGCCUCCAGGUAUACCACCACCAAUGGGUCGUGGAAUACCACCGGUUGGUACUCCCCCACAGCCUCCACCAGGAAUUAGACCACCACCACCACCUGGAAUGAUGCGUCCACCUCCACCAGGUGGUCCACCAAUGCGACCACCAAUGUAGACCAAUGAAAUGUCCAUCAUUCGGAAAUUUUUAUCAUACUUUUUACUCACAUAUAUAAUUUUCAUUUUAUAAUUGUAUCAUAUAUAUAAUUAUCAUUUCUUUUUCAAUAAAAAAUCAAUUUUUUUCAAAAAUAAACUAUAGAUACAUAAAAAUAUCUAGGUUAAUUGUUGCAUCACCAGAUGGUGGCAAGAAUACAAAAAAAAAAAAUCUGUCGCCGUUCGAUUCACGCGCACACACAAAAACACUAUAGAGUAAAAUGAGAUGAAUGUUGGGCAUUAUUAUAAUAACAACAACAACAACAAAUAACACCAGCAGUGAUGAAUGUAUUUAAUGACAAAAACAUCAUCAAUCCAGCAACCAGAAAACCAACGAUAAUAGAUAGUCAAAAACAACAAACAAAACAAAAAAUUCCAUUUGGUUUUAAUUUUGGUUUUAUUGUGUAUUUUAAUUUGCUGAUUUGGCUGCUUCUGCUGGUGAUAAGGCAUUUUCUCUCAAUCUAUUUAUUGGUGUGUAUCUCUUUCUAGUUACUUUCUGGUUGUUUCCUGAAGGUUUUUCAUUCUCCCAUUUAUUUUUCAUUGUCGUCAUUGUUAUUUUCUGGUGUUACAUUUACACACACACACACAAACGUAUUGUUUUUUGGCUCCUUGAAGAGAUUGAUUUUCUCGUUUCCACGGUUUUAGGGACAACUAUAAAAUAAAACAAAAUCCAUCUAUAUAAACAUAUGCGAUAUGAUUAUGUGUGUAGAAUUUUAUCUCGAGUUAACCUAAUCAUCACAUUAGUCAACAACGUAUACAUAACAAGAUUUACAGUUAUCCGAAUCAAAAUCAGCUUAACUUUAUUUCAUCACUCAUUCUGGAAUUGAUCUUCAUCAUACAACGCAAUCAAACAUUGAAUCAUCAAUAUUUGAUUGUCAACGAAAUGAGCUAAAGUUCUAUUUAUUAUCCUGGUUCAUUUGAUAUUGAUUGAAUCCUUGAGAAAAGAUUAAUAACACGUUGGACUGGUACAAGCAACAUUCGACCGGGUCCAUCAAUAAAUUGAUAUUCGGCUUCAUCUAUCAAAUACAUUUUUUUCUGAAUUUUCUUCCCUUUGAUCGGUGGUGGUUGACAACACCGUUUACGUUUCGCCUUUCAAACUGGAGAAAUUGCCCGAAUAUAUUCGUGACACAAUGGACUGGUUUAUUGGGUGAGUAUUUUUCACUUUAUUUUUAUUCUAUUCAUACAUAUAAAAAUUCGUCAUUUUGAUCAGUCCAGAUGGUUAGUGACAACAAAACAAGUUUUCGUUUUUAUAAUCAUCAAUGAAUUUAUAUUAGAUGCCAACAAAUAACAGGUGCACAAUAAAUUCAAUGAUGAUGUUUCCAUUGUUUUCAAUGUUUAUCAUGAUGAUUUUUUACAAUCCGUCAUUGUUCUUUAGCUGAUUAUAAAUUUGAAAUUCUUUCUCUUCCCUAUUGUAAGGAAAUUAUUAAAAUAUUGAGAUCAAUUUAUCUUUCGUUCAA